ACGUAGUCACUUUUCGUCUGCAUAUUCACGUUAGGAGUUCAGGUUUUGCUUUGCAGCAUGAAGCUCUGGGCUACACUCGCUGUUCUUGGGCUCCUGGUAAUGGGGACAUGGGCGCAAGGGUUGAUGCCCACCAUCGGCUUACCUCCCUGUGAUUCCCCAGAGGCUGAAGCAGCGGCUCUGGUGGCAGAGAAAUUCCUCAACGCUCAGCACACUCACGGUUACAAAUAUGCUCUGAAUCAAAUUGACAAAAUUAAGAUCAUUUCCAGGCCUGAUCAACCAGACACUUAUCUCUUGGAGUUGGACUUUCUGGAAACUACGUGUCACGUCUUAGAUCCGACCCCAGUGAGCCAAUGCCCAGUCAGACAGAAGCGUCAAACGGCAGUUGAGGCAGAAUGUGAUUUUGCCCUCCAAAACACAACUCAAGGCCUGUCUGUUGUGUCAUUCAAGUGCAAAACUGAAUUAGAGUCAUUUGAAGACAUAUGCCUCGGCUGUCCCCAGCUUAUUGCUUUAAAUGAUACAGAUGGUGUCCAGCUCAUCGAAGCCUCCUUAGAUGUCUUUAAUAAAAAUCACACCUUUAACACAAAAUUUGCACUUUUUGAAAUCGGACGAAUAGCAUCCCAGGUUGUUUCGGGAGGGAACAGAUACUUUGCAGAAUACGCCAUUAUUGACACAAACUGUACAAGUCAUGAUGAUGAUAACUGCAUCCCCCAGAAUCACGCCACUGCUAUACAUGGCUUCUGUCAGGCUGAAGGUUCUGCCAAUCUCAACCAAGUUGCCUGCAAAAUCUUCGAUACAACCCAAGCAGCCAACGCCACAGUGCCGGUCCAACCACCUCUUCAUGCACACAGCUCUGGACCUCAUUAUGAUCCAGCCGUCCACAGCUCCAAACAUCACAAGGUGACGCGGCUGCACGACCCUGCGGCCACUGGCCUGCUCUCUGCAGAAUCUGCUGAAUCAGCAGAGUUAGUCGUGCCAAAGGCAGCACCUGUUGUAAAGAGGGAGGUUGCUUCAGAACCUGCAAAUGCACCAGCGGCAGACGCACCAGCGGCAGACGCACCAGCGGCAGACGCACCAGUGGCAGAGGCAAAUGCACCAGCGGCAAAUGCACCAGCGGCAGAGGCAGAUGCACCAGCACCAGAUGCACCAGCGGCAGUGGCACCAGCGCCAGAUGUACCACACAUUCAACCAGAGCCACUGCUCAUUGUGCUUGUCUGUCCAGGGAAAAAGAAACAUUUCUGAACCAAGCUAUUUAGAUAACAAUAUUGUGCCAUGUUAUAGCGAGCUGUAUGCUGAACUUAUAACUGCAGUCUGUCAGAGGUAAACAUUUUAUAUCAGAGCAGGUAAAUGUUAUAAGAAAGGAUCGCCGUAAUAUAUGUGUCGAACAGUAACAUCAUGUAAAUUAAAACUAUGUGUGAUGUAAUAAAAUGUUUAUCUUGAUCAAAUCAAGCUAAGAGUCAAGAAAAAACACA